CCAGAGGGAGAGAACGACUUGUAGCCGGUCGCGCGCGCGCCAGCACCAACCACCGCCUAUACUUCAGUAAAAGCCAUUCAUUCGCGCACCUAUAAUGCACUUCUUCAGUCUGGCCGAUCUUAGCUACGGUUUUGUAUUGUUCGGCAACCUUAAAGAGACUCUCCUUGAAUUGUGCUGGUGUCCUAAAGGCAGUACCGGUAGUGCCUCCAAGUAGUCCGGUAGUAGCCGCGUUAUAAGGAGCGCGCGCACACCCCUUGACAAUUUUCCUUCGCACAUUGCGAAUAUAUUUCUGCAUUGAAAAAUUCAAUUUUUCAAUCGGAAUUAUUACAAGGAAAUACUACUUUUCAAGGCGGCCUUAACCGGCGACGGUCGUAGGACGAAUAAUUUUCGUACAUUUCGUUCUGUUUAAUAUUUCAGAGUUAUACUUUCGUGUAACUCUCUAAUUCGCGUAUACCAUCUGUACGCGACGAAAACGUGUGAUCUUCAGUGAUCUGUUAUUUCUUGGAUUACACUUACCAGCAGCAGUUGAAGAUGCCAGUGCCAACCUGGGCCUGUUCCGAUCUAGGACUCAUAGAUGAACCCGUGGAUACAGCCACGGUUGUCUCCGAGGACAUCUGGAAGAAAUUCAACCUCGACUUCCCUCUGGACAUCUACAGUGACCGUGCAGAAUACGACUGUGGCUUCCCAGAGGACAACAAUGUGGAUUGCCGAGAUAAGAGUGCAAACGUAAAGUUCCGGAAGAUCCGUCAUCACGAUUGCAUGUGGGCCGGACUCUGCAUAAGCGAAGAACACAACAGGACGCUUCCGGCGAAAAAGGAUAAUCAAUCGAUUCAGAAGAAAGUACCGGCCGGACGAAGUCUCCUGAUAUCACGUGCUGCACAAUCUUGUCAAAAUGUCAAAAAUCUCGAGAGCGAUGGCGAUUCUACCAGACCGGAAACACCGCAGAGUUCGGAUUCGGAUACCGAGACGGUCGACGAGCCGCCACAAUUCAAACACGAUCAAAUCAGCAUCAACGAGAAGCUGUCGGAGUAUUUGGGCGUCGCGAAGGCAGCGCCCGUCAGUGAGGUCACAGGUCAACUUGUGAGGAGAACCCACGAGAAAAGAAAAACGGAAGAAACAAACAGUUGUGGUUUGAGGAAGGAAACGGAAAUCCGGAACACCCUGAGCGAUCAUUGCUAUCAUUUGAAUCAGACGGCCAGUAAAAAGCUGGACCACUUGGGCGUGCAGACUCCAUCGGACUCUGAAGAGGAAAUCGACGUAGUGUCUUUCGACAAACCGUCGAGACCUGCUGCUCUGCCGACCUACCCGAGUCCUGCGGAUCAUCAUCGCUUUCAGCUGACGGUUAAUACAGCACUGAAAGAUAAGCCGCAAUCAAGACCGCGCGGCAGACCACCGUCGAACAACAGUCCACGGAAGCGGAGUGCCCAGGCCGAGACGAAACCAGCAAAGCGUGCGAAACAAAGGACUUACCAGAAGCGCAGCAAAGUUACGAAAGCUGCCGCGGUCGCGGCCGCAGCGGCAGCCAAUAGUUCCGGCAUGAUGUCGAAUAAAUCGAGUUCGGCCUCGAGGAGCAGCAGCGACGAGGAACCGGACACGGAGAAAAGGAGCAUCCACAACAACAUGGAGAGGCAGAGGAGAAUAGAGCUCAGAAAUGCAUUCGAGGAGCUCAGGGUACUCGUGCCGGAAGUCGAGAUGAAGGAGAAGGCGCCGAAGGUCGCGAUUUUGAGGCAGGCAGCCAUCUACUGUGAUAUGCUAACGGAAGUCAGUCAGGUCACCAUAGAGAAGGUGACGGAAAUGAAGAUGCGCCAGGAGAGGUUGCGAGCGCGACUCAGGGAACUCAGGAGAAGUUUGGCAUCCGCACGUUGAAACGUAACGUUGGCUGAUUUCACUUUGAUCUCGGAGUUCAGUCGAUGCGACGGGAUCGAUGUGUUCUGUGGCGACACUGCUCGUGGUUGGGACGUGUCGUGCUGCCCCGGUACCGGAUACCUGGGGAUCCUGCCUGGACAUGCAUUAUGCACCAGGAACUUCCGGGGUACGUUCAUCGUGUUCUUCUAGGAUGAUGCGAUAUGGCUCUGGGUGUGACGUAGUCGAUAACCAUUAGCUGUAUAUAAGAGGGAGGGCCGAUUGCCUGUGCGUGAAAAUUAAAGGAAGAGUAGUGAUACCUUUAGGAACGUUUACUAUGUAUAAAACGCAGUGUACGAUAUAUGAUCGAGGUCGUUUGCUCGGACCGGUUUAGGAAAUUUUUAGUUUUUUUUUUUCGCAAAUUCUUUUCUUUAUUAUUAUUUCUUUCUUAGGAAAAUGCAGCGUUGCACUCUUUUUUUUUUUUUCUUUAAUAAACGUACGUGCACUUUUCUGUUCGCUGACUCUCUUUGUUGGACAGAGGAGAUUUUUAAAAAUUCUGCUUUGCAAUAUCUGGUUUUUUUUUCAGUUUCUCUCAGACUUAGUUUUAUAUCUCACGGGGGAUCGUCCGGUAUGUGAUUGGCUGUGCUUUCGUGAUUUUUACUCUCCUUAUCGUUCUUUCGCGUUUCCCGCGAAUUCACGUCAAGCGCUACUGUUUCUUAUGGACGCAGAAUAAGAGGUAUCCUCGACCGGUUCGGGGUUCAUUAAAUUCGUCGUUAAUAGGAAUUCUCGAGGAACGUGGGUCUCGUUUAUUGUCUCCCGGCUUUACACGAUUGCGUAUACAUAUACUGGGAGUCGCAGAAACGUGCACGUAUCGCAUGCAUCCCGUAGGAUGCAACAACCUACAGAUAAAUGCGUCUGCAUCGUGGAGCGUUAUUCACGGACAAAAUUUUGGGACACACUAUAUAUAUGUAUAUAUGUGUAUACAUACUAUUGCGGUCCCGAAAGUCGUAGCAAGUAUAUUGCAAAGUAUGCUAAGACGAAAAUGCAUAUAGAUAACUAUAUAAUUACAAUACAUAGAUAGAAUAGAUAGCGGAUAUAAAAUUAAUUAUAUAAAAUCAUAUGUAAUUAAUGUACAUAAAGUUACGCGCCCCCUUUCUUUUUUACAUGACCUGGUUAGUGACUCUUAUUCUUUUGGCGGGCGAAACUCUAGUGUGUUUCUUUUUUUUUUUGUUUUCCAAUCGAGUCUCUCCACCGUUUUAUCUUUCAUUUUUCUUUUCGUCUUUACUUUUUUUCUCUUUUUAUCUCUCUCCAUAUCGCGCAGGACCUAUUCGCUUGGAAUUCUGUUUCUUUUUUUUUUUUUAACUUGGCACUACUCUCCGCUUCCAUACUUGUUCCUGUCCCUCGUAGCCGCUUCCACUGCUCGCGGAAACAGGUGCAACCAGAUAUUCGUUUAUGCAUGUUCCACGUGUUUUAUUAAAAAAAAAAAGGUCAUUUCGGCAGGGAAAGAGAACGAAUGAGACGCGAAGUAAAAUU